GUAACGAGUAACAUAACCUUUCACGAACUUUUGGAAAAAAUGCAACAAGUGCAAUAAAGUGUAAAGAAAGUGACUUUUUAAUGUUCGCUUAUAAAGAUAAAGUGUAUUAAAGUAAAUGUUGAUCUGUUGUACUUUCUUAAUAUUACUGCACUUCAUGAAUACGUUUGAUACAUAAGACUUAUGCAGUAUCAAGAAAAGAAUGAAGAGGUUAUUGUAUCUUAUUAUUGAAUUUUAUUAUUCAAACAUCAUAAAAGUACAUCGUAUACAAAAGGAUUAUGAAAAAAUAAUUUAACUGUAAUCAUUUAAGACUGUGUUUUUUAUUAUAAGGAGAAGAGAACUUAUGAUUUUGUCACAAGAUGAGAUACUUUAUUUGACGAAAGUAUAGAAUAAAAAUUAAAUAGAAAAAUGCCACAUCCAUGUGUUGUAUGUGGACGUUCGCGUAUGAAUCCAAAUAAUAGGGAAGAAGAAUAUAUGUUUUUUGGAUUUCCUGUUAAUGAUGAAGCUCGAUGUAGAAAGUGGUUGGAAUUCUGUUGCCGCGAAGAUUUAUAUAAACUUACAAAAAAGCAGUUGCUUCAACGAAUGAUUUGUUCCAAGCAUUUCGAACAAAAGGAUUUUGUAAAUGAAUAUCUUGAUAGAUUAAAUUGCAUCGCAGUACCUUCUAUUUACGAUCCUAAACAAAGUUUAUACAAUAUAACUUGCGUAUUGUGCGGUCGUUCACGUAGAGAUCCACCAGGUUUGGAUUAUGAUGGUGCAACUUUCCAUCAUUUUCCUGGUGAAGAAUUUCGAUGCUUAAAAUGGCUGGAUUUUGUUGGUGUAGAUUCAUAUUACAGACUGACGAGAAAAGAAAUUUUAUUCUGUUACAUCUGUUCAAAACAUUUUGACCAUUCCCAAUUUAUGCCUGGAUACAAAAGCAGAUUGGUAGACAAUGCUAUUCCCAAUAUUCGCAAUCCUGAUCAAUUGAAUGGAUCUGAAGAAUAUAUUAUGGAAUUUGUAUCUGAUACAAAAUCAUAUAGUCCAUCAGAGAAACAUAAAAAGUUAGAACCUUUACCACCUGCUGUGUUAGAAAGUCAAGCAUGCGCUGCCUGUGGUAGAUCAAGAUCUGAUCCAAAGAAUAAAAUAGAAAGAUAUAAAUUUCAUCCAUUUCCUGCAUAUGAGAUUGGAAGAUGUUUGAGGUGGUGUCAAUUUUUAGGCAGAGAGGAUUUAUUGAAGAUGUCUCCAAAUCAAAUAAGGAAAUUAGUAUUGUGUUCAAAACAUUUUCAAACAGGGCAAAAUUUUCAUAAAAUAGGACCAUGCGAUGCAGUUCCAACUAUAAGGGAUGUAUCACAGUUAAACUCAGUCAAUUCGACAGAACAGGUUGAAGAUGAACAAGAUGUGUUAGAGGAAUCUAAUUGUACUAAUCCUGGUAAAGGAAUUAAAAAACAAGGUUUCUUAAGACCCUUAGUAUCUAGUAAAAAACCAAAGGUAGAUAAUAAGCCUACACCUCUUGCAAAAAAGCGUGGGAAAUCUAAAAGGCCAACACUUAUUAACAUUCCAAGGCCUGAUCCUAAUAAUAUUGAAAAUCGUGUGAUAAAAAAAUUACCGCUUCCUCCUACUUCUAACUGGAAAAUCCAAUUUACAGAUCAGUUCCAACCCAUAACAAUAUCUAAUAAUAUUACAUCAAAUAUUACAAAUAAUAUUCAAGGCAACAUAAAGAAAGUGAUCUUACCAUUCACCGGUGACAUAUCAAAUUUAGGUGCUCCUAUUCCAGUGCAUAGUUUAUCUAGCAUACCUCCAGGUUUACUAAUUAAGAUAGAUCUUCCUGAACAAGAUCAACAAAAAUCAGUGAAAGCUAACAAAAAGCAAACUAGAACAAAAAUUACUCAUACUUCUACUAACUCUAAUGAAACUGAUCCAAGGCAACAAGUAUGGAUGAAAAAUGGUCAAGCAACAGUUACAUUGCCAGUAAUAAAACAGAUUAAGCAAGAGACAGAUAAAAACUUAGUUGAGUUUCUUUCAAUUUCUCCAGAAGAAACAGAGAAUAAAAUAACUUCUGAAGAAUUAGAAGUACACGAAGAAGUUAUUUUACCACACGCAUUAGAAGUGUUGGAUGAGGAAGCAAUUAAUGUAAAGGAGGAUCACUUUUACGAGGACUUUGAAGAAGUAGAAUGUUUAUCUCCGAAAGAAGAAAAACCCAUACGACGUAAAAAAGUUUCAGGGACAAUGCGUAGAACAAUGUUUCCAAUUAGAAGUGAAGUUAAAUAUUUUUUACGCAAACUCGCACCUCAUAUGCAUAGACUUCCUAGAAAAGCCAGAGCACAGAUAAAACUAUCGAUCGUUAAUAUGGUGAUCGAUCACUUGUAAAUGUACUGAAACACAAAUAAAUGAUAAAUUUUUAAGAAUA